UGUUUCGCAGACCAAGGUAAGCAUGGCGGCUGCAACACCACCAGCGGUCUCUGAGCAAACAUCUCAAACAUCUCCUUCAGGACCCGUGCCGUUUGACUUCUCUCAGCCUCCGGUGAUCGAGGGCUUCAACCCCUUACCGAGGGUCAAAGAUGAAACUUUUAAAGAGAAAUUCAUAAGAAAAACCAAGGAGAACCCUUUCGUCCCCAUAGGUUGUUUGGGAACAGCAGGGAUGCUGAUGUAUGGUCUCCGUGCCUUUCACCAAGGGAAAACCAGACAGUCCCAGCUGCUGAUGAGGGGCCGUAUCUUUGCUCAGGGCUUCACUGUAGUAGCCAUUAUUGUCGGAUGCAUCUCCACAGCUUUGAAAGCCAAGUAAAAGACUGACCAAUCCCUCAUCUUUGCCAUCACGGACCGCAUACAACCUAGAUAUGAACUGUUCAAACCAUCUGAAUUGAUGCACUGUUCCUGUGUGGGUUGCCAACACUAUUUAUUGUUGAAUUGUUGGUUAAAUAAAUCACAAGUAAGAGUAUUAAUUUGCUUCUUACCUCAGAGUAGACAGGUUUGAUUUUACUCCAGUUGUGCUCGAUUGUUGGUGAAAAGAAAUGCAGGUAAAUGAGAUAUUUCUUGCUCUUUCUUGAAGCGAAGGUUUAGAUUUGAAAUGUUCCCAUAUAUAUUCAAUGACAUCCACACACUGUCUAAAUGUUUCUUCUGCUUUAGAAAUCAUAAAAACUCACACACUAAAAUCCUA